AACACAGAGCCGCGGCGCGCAUUACGGCAUGGCAAAAAUAACAUGUGGGACGCGUUUGAAUCUUUAAAAUAAUAACAAAAUGAACGAGUUAAUAUCUGAAAACAUGCAUGAAUUGACAAAUGCUGCUCAGUUAAAGGGAUCGAAGACAAUUGCUAUUGAGUAAAACAGCUGACAUGUUUUGGGCCGCUUGUAAAAACAACUUGUUGGGGUGUGCUAGAGGGCACGCACACAGACUGACUGUCAGCACUGCUGUCAGGUACCACUAUAAUAAAAUACCUCCAAACAAACAGCUGAGAAACACUAAAACAGAGCUCAGAUGGUUGAAGACCAGGACCAUUUACACAUGUGGACCUUCAUCAACACAUCUGGACCUUCACAGAGGAAUACAUCAACAAUCUGAACUUCUAACAUCUAUAUGUCGAACAAAACUAUAUAACCAUCACUACAAUCUUCCCGUGUUAAGGUCUGGGCUUACUCCAAGUGUUUCAAAUGCGUUUUGUACAAAAGCAUCUAAAAAUGAUGUUUUGGGAGAAAAAUCUUCAACACGGGAUCCAAGGGAAACUGAUGAAGAUGAUGGAGUCUCACCUUCAUCACCUUCAGCUAAUGAGGGACAUUUUCAGUUUACAGAGCUGUAUGAGAAUCCAUGGACAAUCCCAAAUUAUCUUUGCAUUGCCCGGAUUCUGUUGUCUCCAGUCCUGGGAUAUUUAAUCAUGGAGAAGUGUUUUCAUAUCUCUCUUGGACUUUUUGUGCUGGCUGGAGCAACAGAUUUGUUGGACGGCUACAUCGCACGUAAAUGGCCCAGUCAGAAAUCGGCUCUGGGCAGCGCUUUGGAUCCAUUAGCUGAUAAGAUUCUCAUCAGUGUGCUGUAUGUUAGUUUAACAUAUGCACAUCUCAUACCAGCUCCGCUGACAGCAUUGAUUAUAUGCAGAGAUGUUGGGCUCAUUGCUGCUGUUUUCUACGUGCGCUAUAAAACUGUUCCUGCACCAGUGACACUUAGUAAAUUCUUCAAUCCGUGCUACAGGACGGCUCAGUUAAAACCAACGCUUAUCAGCAAGAUCAACACAGGGGUUCAGUUAUUUCUGGUGGCUGCGUCUCUGGCUGCACCUGUGUUUCAUUACACAGACAGUGUUUUACUGCAGUCAUUGUGGUACAUUACUGCACUGACCACCGUGGUAUCCGGUUACAGCUAUUAUCAUUAUGGUAAAAAGACUGUUGAAGUGCUGAACAACAUUAAAUAGUUUUACAGUCAUCUGUAGGACUGGGAUUUGACCUUUGGGAAGUCUGGGAAUCACUCUCUGUUGAUACUGGAAAUUGAUGCCAUGAGACAAUGAAGUCUGUAUAAAGAGAGAAAUUAUUUUGAUUACAUUAUUUAAUAAUGUGAUGUCACUUCUGAUCGGUUUAUGCUAUUCAACUUCAGUGUUUUUUUUAAGUCACUUUUAAUAAACCCUGGAUCGAUUUUCAGAAUAAAAUAAACAUAAAAGACACAA